UUUUUGUUCCAACAGAUGGCUCCAUGCCGAAAACUUGUUUUCCAGGCCCAGAAAAGACCUCUCCCAGCAAGAUUGUCUCAUCUGAAAACUAAGGCAAAGUUUGGUCCCUCCCCUUCGGGGAGAGCCCGGCAGUCGCUCUGCCCGCCGGGGAUCCGCGAUCCUGCGGGUUCAGCCGCCUCCCGCCCGGUUCCGGGGAGCCUUGGGCGGCCCCAGGGUCCAUUUGGCUCCUCCAGACAGAGGGACAUGAGCAGAGGGCACCUGGGACACCGCACACCAGGUUUGUCACUGAAGGCACCAAUGGAAAAGGGGAGCAGCAGCACUGAGAAGUUUUACAGGAUCCCUGAGGGAAAGGGACCUCACUCGGUUGGAUGUACAGACCUGAUGACAGAAAAUGCAGCUGAGGGAAGUUUCUUGCGCCUGUAUUAUCCAUCAUGCAAUGCCACAGAUAAGGAAGAGGCACGGUGGAUUCCAGAUAAAGAGUAUUACCAAGGACUCUCUGACUUCCUUAAUAUGUACCGAAUUGUAGGAGAAAGACUUUUCCAGUACUAUGUUGGUUCAGUGACAUGUCCUGCAAAGUCAAAUGCUGCUUUUAAACUGGGAGAAAAAUACCCACUCCUCAUUUUUUCCCAUGGACUUGGAGCUUUCCGGACAAUCUAUUCUGCUAUUUGCAUUGAGAUGGCUUCCCAGGGCUUUAUAGUGGCUGCUGUGGAGCACAGAGAUGAAUCUGCUUCAGCAACGUAUUACUGCAAAAAAAGGUCCAUUUCUGUACCAGAGGAAGAGACCACAUCCCACAUGGAGAAGGAGUGGAUUUACUACAGGAAACUAAGAACUGGAGAAGAAGAGCGGUGUUUGCGCCAUAAGCAGGUGCAGCAAAGAGCACAGGAGUGUAUCAAAGCUCUCAACCUCAUUCUUAAAAUCAAUUCAGGAGAGGAAGUAACAAAUGUACUAAAUUCAAACUUUGACUGGAAUAGCCUAAAGGAUUCUGUUGAUACUAGCAGAAUAGCUGUGAUGGGACAUUCUUUUGGUGGUGCUACAGUUAUUGAGAGUCUCAGCAAAGAAAUAAGAUUCAGGUGUGGCAUUGCCCUGGAUGCAUGGAUGCUCCCUGUAGGUGAUGACAUUUACCAAAACAGUGUCCAGCAACCACUGCUUUUUAUCAACUCUGAAAAAUUCCAGUGGGCUGAUAAUAUCUUGAAGAUGAAGCAGCUCAGCUCCAAUGACACAAACAAAAAAAUGAUCACCAUCAAGGGGACAGUGCACCAGAGCUUUCCUGACUUUACCUUUGUGAGUGGAGAAAUUAUUGGGAGGUUUUUCAAAUUAAAAGGAGAAAUAGAUCCAAAUGAAGCAAUUGAUAUAAGCAAUCAUGCUUCCUUAGCCUUCCUGCAGAAACAUUUGAGUCUUAAGAAAGAUUUCGAUAAGUGGGAUUCUCUUGUGGAUGGCAUAGGACCCAAUGUUAUUCCUGGUACCAAUAUUGACUUAUCUCCAGCUGGACCUGAAUGAGGAAUACGAAGAACUACUGAAAAUGCUAUGGACAUCAGGACACUAAUGUUGGGCAGGCAUUACUCAGACAAAUGAUAGUAUUGGCCACUUACAUAGCUUUUGGGGUGCGGAACAAAAAACUAAAAAGAUAAAGGCAUUAAGGUUACAGUAUCAUGAAAAUGUAGAGAGGUUUUAGUUCAAAUAAGUCAGUGGGAUUUUCAGAAAUACUGCAACAGGGUAACUUCUGCUUUAUAAGCAGCUAAGGGAAAACCACUUGAUUGUAAUUUAAAUGGUCUUUCUGGUUUUGACUCAGAAUCAAGUUAGCAAAGAGAAAAUAAGCUCCAAGAAAUUCAACUGAAGUUCUGCUUACCAAGCUUUAAGUCAGUUUGCACCCAGCAAGCCUGUUUUGCAACGUAAUUAAGUUUAAUAACAAAGAUUAUUUUAGUAUUUCAGCUAUGCUCUGACAACAGUUAAGAGCUGGAGCAGGUUUUUGCUCCUUCUAGUCACAAAGAGGUGCCAGUGGAAGCUCUUCAAAACUCUCAAAGUAAAUCACAGGAAAAGCUACAGGAAAUAGUUUGAAGUAAUAGCAGAGAAAGUUGUUUGAUCAAACACAGGACUUACCACGUGAACUUAAUCCACUUACAUUUAAAAUCUGUAUUUCCUGCCAUACUCAGAUGUUUCCAUUCCAAAAGCUGCUGAAAUGGUCACUCUAGCAACUGUUAAUUCCUCAUAGGCAAAGCUCCAAGCAGUGCCUCUCCUGUUAAUCUCUGUAUUACCACUACCACUCAUUCUACUGUAGGUGAAAUGACAGAUGUGUCACUUCUACCACUCCCUUUAAAAGGGGUAUGUAAGCAUUGCUUGGGCAUUUUGACAUCUCACAUGGUUGCAGUGCUCUCCAACCACUUGUCUUUGUGCAGGUGCAAGCAUUGCUCUUACCUGUCAGCAGAAGCAGCUGACUGUGUCACUACCUAAAGGCAGCUUUGAUUUUUAGAGCAAAACUCCUCAAGGCUGCCACAUGGAAUGGUAACUUCUACAUGAAUAAACCUUGCAAAAGGGGGGCUGCUGUUAGCAGGCUGUUCAUUUCAAAAUCAGGUUACAGCAAAAUAACUGAUGCAAGUGGAACAAGCAAAGCAAUUAACAAUGUAAUUAAAUAUUUAUAUAAUCUGUGGCAUUAAGAGGAGAUUGCAACAACAUCUAAGGCUUUUUUUUUUCCAGAAUUUAAUUAAAUUCUCUCCAGCC